ACGAAAUCGGUCGAAACCGACGCAAAAGAAAUACUGAAAUACUCAUAAAAAAAUUGCUAUUAUUCCAGAUCGGUUAAACCUGUCUGGAUUACUUCAAAUUCUCGGCUCCCCUCAUUUAACCGAUUCCAGACCUAGAAGGCCAUCUAUAGCGUAGCGUAAGGUUCUUGUGAGUGACGGAAGGCGGCGGGUGACCUAAUAGGUUGGACUCGGCGGCGAGUGAUGGAGCAGGUCAGAUCCGGAGGCGAGUGAUCGAAUAGAUCUGACCCGGCGGCGAGUGACGGAGUAGGUCAGACCCAGCGGCUAGUGGUGGAGUGACUCUAGCAUCCUGUGGAGUUCCUGACUUCGACUAAGGGUUGGACGGGGUUCGAGCGGAUAGCCUGGUCGGAAGGCGUUCCAGUAGGGGUGCCUUUGUUUUCGGUCGGCGUUCGAGUGAGCAGACCUUCUUCAUUGGCUGGUGUUCGAGUUAGUAGACCUUCUUCGUAAGACACGUUCGAACGAGCACACUGAUAACCUUGAGAACUUAUUUCUAUAAGAAGCAUUGUACUCUAGUGGACUUGAAAAGCUUGACACCAGGUUUGUAAGGAUAUGAUGUAACACCGUCCCCAAAUGUAUUUACCUUUAAGCGAAUAAUUUAUUGAACCCUAUGAAAUUUUUAGUGAAUUUACGAGGUUGUGAAUUUGUAUUAAUUUUUUUUCGCGUGAAUAAUAAAAUGCACGUGGGGCCCACAUCAGGAGUGGGGACUGCCCGAUAUUAUCGGGACCACAUAUUAUAUUCGUCUGGGUCUAGAAAAUAUUUAUAGAUGGUGGAUACUUCAUUUGGGCCAUGGAAAAGCCCAGAGUUGACCGACCGGUCAAUAGAGGCCCAAAUACCGGUAUCAAUAAACUUAUCAGAUAAAAGCCUGAAAUUGGAUUUUGGAGACUUAUAAAUUAAAAUUGGGGAAUGCAUAUUCAUUCUAAAUGGUAUAAGGAUUUAAGAACACGUAAUAUAUUUAUUUAACCCGAUAAAAUAAAACAUAUCUAAAAACAGUCCGGAAAAUACAACUUUCGGGGCGAAUUGCACACUUUGUGACAAAUUAGGACGACCUCCCACAUGGGUGGGGGCCACCCCACGAAUUUGUCAACCCUUGAGGGCUGGAUGAGUGCCAAAUUGGCUGAACAACAAUUGAGAGGAUGGGGGAGACACCUUUGACAUGAAGUAGACCCCCUCCCUUCACUCAUUUGUCUAAAUGAGACAAAGACCACCCCCCUCACCUCACCAUCUCCACCCACACGAUUCAGCACCCUAGGAUAGCAAGGAGGGGCUCUGAAACUUCUCAUUUUCACACCCAAAUUCGAGCUCAAGAAAGAGGAUCCAAGGAGGAGUGCUUGGAGAAGGAAAAAGGUGUAGGAAAGUGUGGAAAAUUGAGGAACUUGAUUUAAAGUAUUUUUGAGCUUCGCCGGAGUUUCGUCGGAGUUGGUCAAAGUUCGCCGGAGUUGGUCAAUGUUCACCGGAGUUGGUCAAAGUUCGCCGGAGUUGGUCAAAGUUCAAUCGAGGAACGUAGAACGCGCUUAAGUUUAAUUGAGGUUAAUUGUUUUCUAAUAUGUCUUCUCUCUCGCAGAUGCAACUCUCUACUUUGCUCCCUGUUGCAGUCUUUAUUGAGAGCAUCUUUUUUGGAGGGAUAUAAGAAGAGCCACUUUCAACAGGUUUAAUGUUUUCUAUUUUAGAGGUUCCAGUGCUUAAUCCCCAGACAAUCAAAUGGAUACAGCCUCACACUCUUGUUCGAUACCGGGGAAUGAUUCAAGACAUGUUGGGUAAUGAAUUUUAUGCUGGAGCCUAUAAGGAUGGGGAUACAUGGAGAACUAAUAAGUUUGCUGAUAUUUCUCAAUUUCCAAUGGGAGAUACACCUGAGAUGCGAGUUUGGGAGCGCCACUUGCUGUACUGUGUUCCUGUACCAGGGCAGAAUCCGUGGACUGAAGUCACUGAGCCUUGUGAAGUUUUAAAGGAUACAAUCACAUGCUCUACUUAUACUUGUUUGCAGAGGGAGAAGCGCCAGAGAGAAGAUGAUCCUAUAAUGGAUGAUCUGAAUAUGGAAGUAAUUCUCUAAAUUUUCACUUGUUUCGUAUUUGCCACACACUACUACCCUUUUCUAAACAAACUAUUCUGUUGCAAUCCAAUAUCAUGGUUAUGUGCCGGAGCUGAAAUUUGCCAUGCAUUCUCUUUUAAAAAUGCGUUGUAUUCCACCUGUCAUAUUUUACUGUCCUAGUUACUAUUCAUGGGUAAACUACAUAUCCUUUGUUAGGUUAUUUUAUUUACUAUUGUUUUAAAUUUUUUAAAAUGAAAUAUUCGUGUCAUUGCUAUUUCACAGCUUUUGCUGUAGUUUGGAAAUAUGUAAGUUUACUUCCUUUAUUUAAAGUAAGUUGUCCAACUUAGAUCCUUCCUCAUUACUCAAGGAUACAUCAAAUGGGCCCCAUCAUUAUUAGAUCCAACUUAGAUCCUUCCUCACUACAUAAUACUCCUUUAUGUAGUUUCCAACUUAGAUCCUUCCUUGAAUUACGGGCUAGCCACAUCAAUUAUGAUGGUCUCAGUGGUGGGGAAAUGUUUGUCUCUCUUAAUUCCAUCCCAGACUAUAUUCUACAUUACAAAGAAGUUGAAGUGAAGUAGAGCUACAAUUAAGUUAAGGAAUCAGGUUUCCUCACUAUAAGUUUGUUUCUUGAUUUACAUUUUGAAGAAUUGUCAUACUUAUAACACAAAUAUGUCAUGUGGACUGCUAGAAUCACUACACCACUAUGUCUUUUCUUUUGUCCUUUUCUUUUCUGAAAGGCAUAAAGAGGGAGUUUCAUGGAAGAAAUUAAGCUCAUGUGAUGACCAGGAAGACUUUUUCAUCUCGUCUAUUCUCCAUUGUUAAUGUUUCAGCCUUAUUGUAUUUUGACAUAGGAGCUUUUAUUUAGAUAGCAUUUUGUUCUUGUUUAUUGUUUUUUGUUGCGGGGAUGCCCCUUUUAAUUAUGUAGUAUGUACAUUCACAUUUAUGUGAGAAUUUGAGAUAUAAAUAAAAAUGUUUGUGAUACGUUCGUAAUUUCCA